ACGUGACAUCAGCUGACUGCUGUCACAGGAAAAGUCGGAUCCUCCGUCGACCUUCGUUUCGUUGAAUUUCUCCGGUUUGUGCUCCGUUUCAGCGCCGCCGUCCGCAGCUUCCGUCACCCAGCAUGGCGAGUCAGUCGCAGGGCAUCCAGCAGCUGCUGCAGGCCGAGAAGAGAGCGGCCGAGAAGGUGGCAGAAGCCCGCAAACGUAAGAACCGUCGUCUGAAGCAGGCGAAGGAAGAGGCUCAGGCCGAGAUCGAACAGUAUCGACUGCAGAGAGAGAAGGAGUUCAAGACCAAAGAGGCCGCCGCCCUCGGUUCCCAUGGUAACAGCGCGGUGGAGGUGGACCGUGACACGGCAGAGCGAAUGGGUCGUAUCCAGGCCAGUUACCGUGGUAAUCGGGAGACGGUGCUGGGCGAUCUUCUGCGACACGUCUGCGACAUCCAGCCGGAGUUUCACGCUAACUACCGCGUGGCCGGCUGAGGGGCCGGGGCCACGAGUCAGAGUCGAGACCAGAGGGCCGGGGCAAACAGAAGAGACAUGGAUGUUAGCAACAUUACCUUUGUUAGCUUUGAUCAGAGCCGAAACCUUUUUAGUUUAGUGUGUUUUAGUUUUUGAUUGAAACAAACAAAAUUCUCCUAAACACGGGCAAAAUAUCAGAAAAGGUGAGAAGUUCAUCGUGUUUCCUGCUCCGUACGAAGACGAAAACGUAAAUAAAUGUUGGUGUUACUGUGUUGAUGUUUACGAAAUAUUUAUAUAUAUCACAGUUAAUUUUUUUGCUUGUUUUUGUUAAGUCUUGAAAUCUUUCCUAACCUAACAAAAUAAAAGUCUUUCUUCACUGUAUCUUUGGUUGAUUCUCUCACCUGACAAUCAGGUCUCAGUUUAAAUGGAAAUAAAACUAAAUGAUUUCAGAUUGGAUGAUGCUGAUUGGCUAUUUUUCUCUGAAUUCAUUCUUCUGCUCUCUAACCUGAUUGGCUGGAGGAAGGCUUUUAUUGUGAAACUGUUUUUUUUGUUCGUUUCCUGUGUGACCAAGUGACUUCCUGUUGACGUUUGUGAAGUGAUGAUGAAAAAAAAAUAUAUAUUAAACUGAAUGUUGAUUGGCUGAAA